AUGUGGGCAUUGAAAAAGUUGAAUCUUGCCUGGGUCGAAGCUGCUAACCUAAGAAUGACACAACUCAACGAGAUGGAAGAAUUCUGUCUUCAUGCCUAUGAGAGUGAAGCCAUGUAUAAGGAAAGAAUAAAGUUUGUUCAUGACAAGAAGAUUUUGAAGCGGGAAUUCAAAUCCGGUGACUUGGUCUUACUCUUUAACUCAAGACUCAAGUUAUUUCCGGGCAAAUUCAAAUCCAAAUGGUUUGGCCCGUUCAAAGUUGUGAAUGUGUCCCCCUAUGGCGCUAUUGAAUUGGAGUCGGAGGACGGGACUCAAACUUUCAAAGUAGCCAAAAAUACAAUGAAACAUGGUGCAAGGACUGAGAAGAAUGAAGGAAAGCAGGACCUGUGGUCUUUGGGCAACUAA